CCAUAACGUAUUUACCUAGCGACUCUGAAUGAUGACGUAUAAUGUGUGCGCAGCCGAAGAGACAGAAACAUGUAUCAUAACAGCACGCAGAGGAAGCACUGGACCUUCCCCAGCGAGGACGAGCUGCAGCGGCUCAGGAACCAGGCUAACAGCCGCUGCCGUGCGAGAAUACGAGCGACAGGGCAGGCUCAUCUCUAUGAUAUCUAUAAUCUGAACCCCCUCGAGGAGUUGACAAUUUGUAAACAUUAUGAGAAGAAACUGCUAGAUUUCUGCAAUGUCUUCAAACCUGCCAUGCCUAAAUCUGUUCUGGGAACAGCUUGUAUGUACUUCAAACGCUUUUACCUCAAUAACUCCGUCAUGGAGCACCAUCCGCGUAUAAUAAUGUUGACCUGUUCAUUCCUGGCAUGUAAAGUAGAUGAAUUCAAUGUAUCCAGUGCCCAGUUUGUGGGUAACCUGCCAGAAAACCCUACCACUCAAGAAAAUAUCCUGGAACAAAUCUUGGAAUAUGAGUUACUACUUAUCCAACAGCUGAAUUUCCACCUGAUCGUGCACAAUCCAUAUAGACCAUUUGAAGGAUAUUUAAUUGAUCUAAAGACACGAUACCCAAUGCUGGAAAAUCCUGAAAUGUUGAGGAAAAACUCUGAUGACUUCUUGCACCGGGUUGCACUGACUGAUGCCGGUCUACUGUUCACACCAUCCAUUAUUGCUCUCACAGCGGUUUUAUCCAGUGCGUCUAGGGCAGGAAUUAAUAUGGAAAGUUAUUUAUUGGAGUGUCUGUCACUGAAGGAUAGUAGAGAAACCAUGACUCACCUAUUGGAUGGAAUGAGACGACUUAAGAUCCUGGUGUCAAAAUAUGAAGCUGUCAGACCUGAAGAAGUUGCUAUGAUUGAGAAAAAAUUGGAAAAGUGCCACAGCUCGGAAUUUUCCUCUGCGGGGAAUGUGAGGAAAAGAAAAGGUUAUGAAGAUGGUGGUUACAUAUCGAAAAAGCCUAAAACAGAAGAGGAGGACUGGAGUGACGAUGAUCUUGUGGACUCUCUCUAGUAGCUCAGCAUCACCUGAUGCUUUAUGUACAUAAUAAAUUGUAUAUUACCUUUUAUUUUUAUUUUUUACAUCUUUGUAAUGUACUAAAAGUUUAUUUGUUUGUCUUGAUUUUCUUAUUCACUUGUUUAAAGCAUUGACUCACAGACACAGAAUUUAUUAAAGGGAAUCUGUUCAGCUAAACAACCAGUCUGAACUGCCAGGAUCAUGUUGGAUGGCAGGGGAGCUUGGCAGAUAUACAGUGCAUUCAGAAUGUUUUCAGACCUUUUCAUAUUUUGUUGUGUUGCAGCCUUGUGCUUAUCCCAUAAUGACAAAAGUAAAAACAGAAUGUUGGCAA